CGUAACGCGGACGGUCGUUGGUCAGAUGGCCGAAUUGUUCAGCGACGAAAACCGAAACGGUCAUCGACGUUCCAACGCGACAGUCCGGCUCGAAUACCACAAAAUCGUGGAAAAGCACAACGAGCCUCGUAUCCAUCACCGAUGCACUUCGAUUUGGAUCUUUGUUGUGACUGUAACAAUGAGAAUUGUUGUCGACGACAACGGGCUCGUUCGAUGAUCCAAGAAAGAGCCGCGCAAUCUCCAACACCUUACGACGAUCCAACCGAGUUGAAUGUCUCUAAUCUUCCGCAAUCAUCGUCCUAUCAAGAAGCACUUCGUUCUGCUGGCAGCACUGCUGUAAUGACACCCACAGUAUCCGAUCAUCAUCUUGCCCCCGUGGCUGAACCGGUCCCUCCGUCGCGGGUUGUUAGCUAUAUCGGUACCAUAAUUUACCACCCUCCAGUGAACCCAUAUGUAAAUCCACUUUCAUCACCUGAACCACGUGUUAGUCCGACACCACCAGUACGAAAAAUGUCCGGUCAGCGGACGAAUGUCGACCAGGACGGCGACGAACUGUUCUCGUCGCUGGACUCGAAUAACCCAAAGCCAAAUCGUAAGACGCAGUCCGAUGCGUCUGCUGAAAACAGUUCCGAUGACGAAAAAGACGCGGAAAACGGAAACGUGCUCGAUUCAUCGCUCGAUUCACAGAAAGCGUUCAGUGCCUUGACAAAGACGAGCAGUGAGGAAGACAGCGCAGAGAAACGGUAUGCUGGCUUAUCUCUCUUCUAA